AUGUCAAGAGAUACUCGAUCACGGUCGCCGCCAAGACGACCAUCUCAUAGAGACCGACACAAUUAUAAAAGUUCAAAAUAUUACGAUCGCUACGACGAUCGUCGAAAUUCCUCUUACAGUCACCAAAGUAGACCAGAUUAUUACAGAUCCCACAGCUCACGUAGGAAUCACAGAGAGGAUAGCUGGAAACAUGAUCGAUAUAAGUACGAUGAUGUUGAUGAAAGAAAACAUGACAUUUUGUCACCUAAUAGAAGCUCUCUUUCGUCACGGUACAAUGCACCUCUGAUAUCUGAAGAUUCUUCUCGUGGACGAAGCUCUGGGAUUGCCCACGAAAGGAAUUUUGAGGAAAACAAAGAACAGACACGUCCUGUAAGAAGAUCUCGGUUUGACCAGCCAGCCAAAAUAGAACGCCCACCGCCUCCUCCUUCAGCCAGCUUAAAUGAAGGAUCUAAAGGUGAUGUUGAUGCUGGAAUUAGGCUACAUAACACCGAAGAAAUUAGAAAUCCUAAAGAUAAACAUGAGACUACUCCUACAAAUCCGCCUCUUGACCCCAAAAUUCAAGCACGCUUAGAAAAAGUGCGUGCUUGGAAGGAAUCGAAAGCUGCACAAUCAGCUAGUAAGGCAGAUGCAUCUACUGAUAUUAAGCCCACUAAAAAUUUAAUACAUGAUGAUAAGAAUGCUAUGCCUUCUGGAGGAAUCUCAGGUUUCGAAUUAGGACGCUUUAACGACAACAACAAAGAAGUGAAAAGAAUGAAUCGUGUCCAUAUGGAUGACGAGGAUGCUCCACGACGAUUAAAUUUACAGGAUUACGAAGACUUCUGGGACAAAGAAGAUCGUGAAGGCGUUCAGGAUAACUCGAACGCGAAUGCCAUGGAUGAAGAUGGGGUAGACCCAUUAGACGCUUAUAUGGAAUCCCUCGUUGGGACUGUCGACACUGUUCGACCAGGUUUGUUGAAUACUGAAGUAAUUGACUCUCAUGCGAACGAAGAAGAUCGUAUAACUCAAUCAGAAACUUUGGAAGAAGAGGAAAACUUACUGGCUCUUGCUGCUAAACGUUCUAAGAAGAAAGAUGUGAUAUCUGUUGACCAUUCUAAAAUGAACUAUGAAGAUUUUCGAAAAGACUUUUAUGUGGAACCUGAAGAACUGAAACACCUUACUCCUAGAGAAGUCGACGAGCUACGUGCGUCCUUGGAAGGCAUCAAAGUUCGCGGCGUAGAUUGUCCUAAGCCUGUCACUAGUUGGAGUCAAUGUGGAUUGUCAGCUCAAACCAUGGAAGUAAUUCGUAAUUUAGGUUAUGGAAAUCCAACAUCGAUUCAAUGUCAGGCCAUUCCAGCUAUCUCUUCCGGAAGAGAUGUUAUUGGAGUAGCCAAGACAGGUAGUGGCAAGACCAUUGCUUUCCUUCUUCCAAUGUUUCGACAUAUCCGUGAUCAGAGACCUUUGAGAAAUGGUGAAGGUCCUAUUGCCAUCCUCAUGACUCCAACACGUGAAUUGGCUGUUCAGAUUCAUCGAGAAUGUAAACCUUUUGCAAAAGCGUUGAAUUUGAGAGCCGUUUGUGCUUAUGGAGGUGCACCCAUUAAAGAUCAAAUUGCAGAAUUAAAACGAGGAGCAGAGAUUGUUGUGUGCACCCCUGGAAGAAUGAUUGAUGUUUUAAGUGCCAACCAGGGACGAGUGAGCAAUUUACAUCGCUGUACUUAUUUGGUAUUGGACGAAGCGGAUCGUAUGUUUGACCUCGGAUUUGAGCCACAGGUAAUGCGAAUUAUUAAUAAUGUUCGUCCAAGUCGACAAACAGUAUUGUUUUCCGCUACCUUCCCAAGAGCCAUGGAAGCUUUAGCCAGAAAAGUAUUGAAGAAGCCAAUAGAAAUUACAGUUGGAGGAAGAUCCGUUGUUGCGUCUGAGGUUGAACAGAUAGUUGAAAUUCGCUCUGAAGGAUCAAAGUUUAUGCGCCUUUUGGAACUUCUUGGUGAACUAUAUAAUACGAAGGCUGAUGUGAGAACCUUGGUAUUUGUUGAUAGACAAGAAGCUGCAGAUGCUUUAUUCUCUGACUUAAUGAAACGUGGCUAUAGUAGCUGUUCAAUUCAUGGCGGUAAAGAUCAAAACGAUCGUGAUUCUACGAUUAGUGAUUACAAAGCUGGUGUUUUUGAUGUUUUAAUAGCCACUAGUGUAGCCGCUCGUGGAUUAGAUGUGAAAUCAUUGCAGCUUGUUGUAAAUUACGACUGCCCUAAUCAUAUGGAGGAUUAUGUACAUCGGGUCGGUAGAACAGGUCGUGCUGGUCAUACUGGUGUUGCCGUAACCUUCAUUACUCCAGAGCAAGAUAAGUAUGCUGUUGAUAUAACAAAAGCUCUGACUUUAAGUAAGCAACAUGUUCCAGAUGAGUUGCGGAAGCUGGCAGACCAAUUUCUUGAUAAAGUUAAAGCCGGUAAAGAAAAGGCUGCCGGUGGUGGCUACGGAGGUAAAGGUUUGUCCCGCCUGGACGAAACAAGAAAUGCUGAGCGUAAAAUGCAACGAAAAGCCUAUGGUGAAGAUUACGAAGAAGAUGAAGAACAAACUGAAGAUAUUCAAACUCCUUCGGUGAAUAUACCCCCUGAAAAGUCUACUGGUGAUUUCACACUUGACAGAGUUAGAGCAGCAAUCGGCGGUAUAACAGCUCGAGCAUUGAGUGGCCAAAGUGCGCAAGCGAAUAAGUUGUCACAGCCAAUUUCCAUCAUUAAAAGUGAUACCGACGAAUUUAAAGCAAAGGUGGAAAUUAAUGACUAUCCUCAACAAGCAAGAUGGGCAGUUACGAAUAACGCUAAUAUUGUACAUGUUACAGAAUUGACUGGCACGAGUAUAACAACGAGGGGUAAUUUUUACCUUCCCGGAAAGAACCCAGAACCAGGCGAAGAGAAAUUAUAUCUUUGGAUUGAAGGACCGUCUGAACUGGUUGUUAGUCAAGCUGUCACUGAGCUUAAACGCUUGCUUUUGGAGGGUGUAGAGCACAGUCUCGAAGGAUCAAGCAGAGCAGUUCCUACCGGCCGUUAUAAGGUUGUGUAAUUUACUUAUAUUUAUUUUUUGUAUAGUAGUAGUAGUAGUGUUCUGAUUUCGUAUAAAUAAAAAGGGAAGGUUCUUGAGCACACAUUCACACGGAAUUUUAAGAUAUACUCAUUUUUAAUAACGGGAUUUAAUAGCUUAAUAAUUACUCAGCACUAUUGUUUUCUAAGUUAAUUUAUUAAUUCG